AACCCACCCCGCCCGGCAGGUUACGUCAUUUCCGGAAUCUCCGGCUUCUCAUUCUCUUUAGUGUUUGCCGUGUCCGUGUCUCCCCCUUCCGCCGGUGUCCUGGUCCGACCCUCCCGCUGCAGCACAUGGACUAGACUGACAGUUCCUUCACUCCCGCACUGACAGGGACAGACACAGAGAGAAGGUAACGCUCUCACACUUCACCUGCACUGACUCUGCACUGAACCCGCUGUUCUACCUGCUGCACUCAGCUCUAAUGGACGUCACCAUGUCUCAAGCUCCCAAAUCACCUGCCGCCCCCCUCCCGAAGAUCCAAAUCCUGAACAAGAACCAGCAUUCUCCUCUCCCCCAGCCUCUGAGUAUCCCUUCUACUGCCAGUCCACUGCCCUCUGAAAAUGCAGGUAGACCUCUCCAGAACUCUGCUUUACCCUCUCCAUCUGUCACAUCCAGCGGUCCAACUGCAGUUUCUUCUAACAUGGCAAACCCCAAAGAGAAAACCCCCAUGUGUCUUGUGAAUGAGUUAGCCCGUUUCAACAAAAUUCAGCCCGUGUACAAACUGCUGAGUGAACAAGGUCCGGCUCAUUCAAAGGUCAUUCCGCUAGGACGGUGGCAGGAUUACAGCCUUCUUGAGAGAGUGGGAGAAGAACGCCCAAGACAAAUGUUCACAGUGCAACUCACUCUAGGGGACCAGUACUGGGAGGCUGAAGGGACGAGUAUUAAAAAAGCUCAACACGCAGCUGCCGCCAAAGCCCUGGAAGGGACAAAGUACCCGAAGCCUACAGUCCGCCCUGUACGCGGUGAGAGAAAAUACCCAGACAGCAUCACGCCAACGGUUGAACUAAACGCUCUCUGCAUGAAACUCGGAAGGAAACCCAUAUAUAAACCUUUAGAUCCCUACACUGGGAUCCGCUCGGCGUAUAACUACAAUAUGCGAGGAGGCGGUUACCCCCCACGGUACUUCUACCCAUUUCCUGUGGCCCCCAUCCUCUAUCAAGUGGAACUGUCCGUCGGAGGGCAACAAUUCCACGGCAAAGGAAGGACAAGACAGGCGGCCAAGCACGAUGCUGCAGCCAGAGCACUGAAGAGCCUCCACCACGAGCCUCUCCCUGACAAACCAGCGCUAAAUGGGAAGGCGGCAGAUGAAGAAAAUCUAAAUAAGUCAGAAAUAAGCCAAGUGUUUGAAAUUGCACUUAAACGGAACAUGUCUGUGAAUUUUGAGGUAACCAAGGAAACUGGCCCUCCCCACAUGAAGAGUUUUCUAACUAAAGUAAUAGUCGGUGAAUUCCUGGGCGAAGGCGAAGGAAAGAGCAAAAAGAUAUCGAAGAAGAACGCUGCCAUAGCCGUGCUAGAGGAGCUCCGGAAACUGCCCCCUCUUCCAACGGUUGAGAAAAUGAGGCCAAAAAUCAAAAAGAAAACAAAGUCCAUCGUAAAGCUUCCUACUAGUCCUGAAUAUGGUCAAGGGAUGAAUCCAAUCAGCAGGCUGGCACAGAUUCAGCAGGCCAAGAAAGGUAAAGAACCCGAAUAUAUUCUGAUCACAGAGAGGGGUCUCCCGAGGCGCCGAGAGUUUGUCAUGCAGGUCAAAGUAGGAAAUCAUGCCGCUGAAGGCUCGGGCACUAACAAGAAAGUCGCCAAAAGGAACGCUGCUGAAAAUAUGUUGGAAAUCCUAGGUUUUAAAGUCCCUCCGCCUCCCCCCAAACCUGCACUCAAGACGGAAGAAAAGCUCCCUGUGAAGAAACCGGGAGAUGGAAGGAAAGUGACCUUUUAUGAGCCGGGGUCGGGAGAAGAUGGCGCUAACCAUAACAAAGAUGACGAGUUCCGGAUGCCUUAUCACAGCCAUCAGCAGCUUCCCGCGGGAAUUCUCCCCAUGGUGCCCGAGGUUGCUCAAGCGGUGGGGGUUAAUCAAGGACUUCACACCAAAGAAUUUAACAGGGUGGCCCCCAACCCAGCCAAGGCGACUGUGACCGCCAUGAUUGCGAGAGAGCUGCUGUAUGCGGGCAUCUCCCCCACGGCCGACACCAUUCUGAAGAAUAACAACGCGGCAGGCCACGUGCUGCGCGGCCCAUUUACCCGGCCCUCUGAGCAAUUAAAUUACCUGUCUAGAGUCCAAGGAUUAGAGGUUGAAUAUAAAGACUUUCCCAAGAACAAUAAGAAUGAGUUUGUGUCUCUCAUAAACUGUUCCUCUCAACCGCCAUUAAUCAGCCACGGCAUCGGCAAGGAUGUGGAGUCCUGCCAUGAUAUGGCUGCGUUGAACAUCUUGAAAUUGCUGUCUGAGCUGGACCAACAAAACCCAGAGAUGCCCAGAACAGGAAAUGGACCAAUGUCUGUAUGUGUAAAACCCGAAAUGGAAAGUGAUCCUCUCCUCAAACCGGCUAACUCAAACACCUUGGGGCAAACACUGGACAGCACAGCCUAAUACAUGUCUACGGAUGAGCCCCAUCCUAAAAGCACCACAGAAAAUCAAAGCGUCCUCGUCCCUUAGAGUGCUUCCACUUCUCCGCUCCCCUCUCUGCACUGUUACCCACAGACAAGGGAUCGGCUGGAUUUCUAGCUGUUUCUGAAUCAGAACCGGCAUCAUCACUGGAGGUUCUCCAUAAUGCACAUACCUGCAAUAAGCAGCGGCAGCAUUAUGGAGAACCUCUGGUUGCACAUACCUGCCAAUAUGGAUGUGGAUGUUCAUAAACAGCUGGAGAACCGUUUCUAACCUGAGCUGGAACAGUCUCUGUAUUACUAAUGUAUUAUUUUGUUGUUGUCUAGAGACUCUUCCAGUCAAAUACAAGAAUAAUGAACCCUAUGACACAUUUCAUGAAGUUUUAAGAUCAUAUCCUUGCGUGUAGUUGUUUAUAUAUAAUCUUUUUUUUUUUCUUCUCUCUUGUUUUAUACCACGUUAGUUAAUGAAGUUCCUGUUAUGUGCUGUACGUUUGGAAAAGAAGAUUUAGAGUUAGAAAAGUAACCGCAGUAGUUCAAAUUUUCAUUUUUUUUAGGCAUUUUAUAAAUUGUAUUUUUAUUUGUGUGUAAAUGAAAUCGACGAGAGUUUUGUUUGUUGUACGGCACGCGGGUUUGUAUGGCUGCACUGCGGGAUAUGAUCGGGCGAUGGAGUUGAUUUUCUUUGGGUGCUUUUCAGAUGUUUAAUUACAUAUCCAUGUGGGGGCCGAGAGAAACUGCCUCUGUUUAUAUAUAAAACUGUGUUGCUUUAGAUGUUGUGUUUAUUGCGCCCACAAAAUGAGCGCAGUAAAAAAAAUCCCGCCUAUGGUAAAGCACGAGCGCCUCGCAAAGUUUCAGUAACGCUUUCUUGGUUCAUUGUUAAGCCAGAAUUUUUUCUCCCCAUGGAUUGUAAGUAAAAUGUAGUGUUUGUCCUAUAAUAAAAUACUAAAAGUGA